AUGUUCUUGAAAUCUACUGUGACACUUCAGUCUAACCUUCCUGAACAUCCCCCAGUUGCAGAUAUCUUCUUCUUUGAGGCACUCUGCGUCGCAUCUGCUAUUCAUGAUGCUGUCACUCAGAUUCCUGUUAACGGAUGUCUUGCUAUCUACACCGAUAGCUUAAAAACAGUGUAUACGUUCAACACUCUAUCGGCUGGGCCAGGAUACAAUCGACUCCUUGUGGAUGCAGUUGAAAUCAUCUUGGUCUUCAAUGUGGACUUUAGAGUUUUUCAUGUGGCAGGAGAAGAUAAUGUAGUUGCAGAUCACCUCUCAUUGGUGUGCGAGAGAGGCGGUAAGUUGCUCUCUGGGGCUCAGAAUCAUGUCCUUCCAACCUCCUCGGAAUGUGCUGGGGGUAUCCUGGAAAUGAUUCCAUCCUUGGUGGAGGCCCGGCAACCUCUCAGGAAUGCUUGGCCAAUGGAACAGCUCAUUCAUGAGUGUUCCGUUAAUCUUGGGCUUGCUCUUGACAAGUCUACUAACCAAACUUACUCAUCUGCUCUCAAUUCUUACAUUACUUUCUGCGACCUCCAUCAUCUUACCAUCGAUCCAACACCUGACACACACUCUCUCUUGGUCAAGUUCAUGUCUGCUCACAUUAACCUGUGCUCAGUUGACAACUACUUGUCAGGAAUCGGCAGUAUACUCAAAGAGUUUUAUCCACAGAAGGCUCAAGUGAAGGCAUGGAAAGCUUCCCGCAAGCUUUCUGCUGAACAGCAGAAGGAGGCUGAAGAUGUCCUAACUACUGCAAUUCAACAGCUCCUUGCAGAUGAAAAUGAGAAGAUCAGCACCCUCGCUCAUGUGACUUAG